CCCGAGUAUAUAAUUUGUAACUACCCCCGUAAAUUGACAAUCUUUUCAGUCUUUAUACUCCACUGGACAAAAUGCUAGGCUAUCUCCCCCUGUUCGCGUCGCUGGCUUCCGCCGCGACCCUGUAUGCCACCCACUACAGUGGCUCUGUUUACACCCUCUCCCUCACCCAGCGCAAUGGCAAGUACGAUCUGUCGCUCGCGUCGGACAUGACCACCUGCGGCGGCAUGCCGAGCUGGUUGACCCUGGAUUGCGAAGCGAGCACCCUGUACUGCACAGGGCGCACUCUCUACUGCUCCGACGAGACCGGUGACGCGACGACCAAUGGCACUUUGACCUCUUACGCCGUCGGCAAAGAUGGAUCGCUCAGGCAGCUCGCAAAGGUGGUGGACGUCGGCGGUGGCGUCCACAGCGUCGUGUACGAAGGAGACGACGGCGCAAAGUACAUCGCCAUUGCGCACUACACCGGUUCGGCGCCCCUGCAGAUCCUGCGGUAUCAGACACCACCAGGCCCCCUUCCGCAGCAGGACUCAUCCCACCCCCACCAGAUCAUCCUCGACCCUACAGGCUCGUUCAUCCUCGUCCCUGACCUAGGCACUGAUCAGGUUCGCGUAUACGCCAUCGACAAGCAAUCGGGCCAACUAAUCACCUGCCCCAGCCUCAACUACACGCCCGGCAGUGGACCGCGACAUGGCCUCUUCUGGUCUGCUCACCACUCGCAUCGCGAUGGUCUGCGCAUCCGGAAAAAUGCCGCCAAAACCGCGCCGCAGACAAUGCUGUACACGGUCAGUGAAUUGAGCCGCCACUUUCACGCUUUCGCCGUCUCGUACCUCCCCUCUGGCUGUCUCGGCUUCCGCGAGACUCAGGACUUCGUGCCGUACCCGGGCGGUGGAGUCCCCGAGGGCGCGUCGCUGGCCGAGCUGCAGCAAGCCGGAUCAAACCUGUAUGCCUCGAUCCGCAGCGACCAUGCCUUCUCCGGCAAUGAUUCAUUGGCCACCCUCUCCCGCUCUCAGAACGGCACCGUGACCUUCCAGGAACUCACCUCCUCCUAUGGUCUGGUUCCCCGUACCUUUGUCAUCAACAAGGCCGGAACCCUGGUCGCUAUCGGAGACCAGUCCUCUUCCAACGUUGCCAUUGUCGCCCGGGAUCCAGCGAGUGGAAAGCUGGGUGACUUGGUCGCCAACAUUCAGGUCGGGGAGCCCGGGAAGCCUGGGACUUCAACAGGCCUGAGCAGCGUCAUCUGGGCAGAGUAAUUUGAAAUUUGUCAUAUCUCAAUAUCUUGCUGGAUUCACAGUGUGAAGCGAUAGCCUAGACGCACACCAAAUGAAAUCUUCAUGCAUUGCUGCCAAAAGACUAAUAAGAUGCAAUUCUGAACCAUACCCGUCCAAACCAGUAUAACCAGU